GGACUUGCCCAAGGCCAUUCAUUGCCUUCAUUUCCUUUUGUCGAUACCAUGCAAGCACAGAGCACACGCACAGAAGCCGCUACGACCGCUGCUCAAAGCGUCGUUGCCGUUCAGACUCUAUUGAAAGCGAGUCUGGGCUGUAUCACGUUCCUCAGGGAUCUUUUACCCAGCGACAACUUCACUGACAGCGCGUCUUUGUUGUGUUUUGUGACGCGUAUCAUUGACCCUACUCAGGCCACUUCACCUCGGACGAUUCCUUCCUCUCUCAACCCUCGGAUUCGAACCGGUCCUUCGACAGCACGCGUAGUAACAGCAAGAACGUUAACGGAUUCAGGAUCAUGGUGUGCCAAAUCCACUACCUAUCUUGCGCCUGCCAUGACUCCCCAGACUAUGACGCGCGGUUACACGGACGAGGCGGACAGGAUUCUCAACUACCUGGAAUACGGCAUAUUCGAUGCGCUUCAGAAACAGUACCUUCGAAGUUUCAUUUUCGCUAUAUACCUGGAUGAGAAGGAUCCAAACAACAUCGUGGAAGCCUAUACCUUCAACUUCCAGUACCACAAACUUCCCGGAACUAAUACCAUGGUGCCGAUCAUGAGCCUCGGCGAAACGCUGGACAAGAUGUCGCUCAAAGAUCCGGUCGUCCAAGCGGCACAGCAGGGCAAGGCGCCAACCCUAAAGGACGUGAAGAAGAGUGUCAAGACCGUGCUGAAAACGCUCAUCCACUCAACGACCCAGAUGGACGUCCUCCCGAAGCGUCGUUUCGCCGCCUUCAAGCUGUUCUACACGGAUGAAACACCAUCCGAUUACGAGCCUCCUCAUUUCAAGAGCGGAGAUGCCGACAAGGACAAGUGGUAUUUCAUGACACAUGAUCUCGACGAGGUCCCCGAUCGAUGGAAUGUGGGGCAGCUUGACACCGGACAUCAUAGCAUCAACCUAAGCGUCGCCUCCAUCGCAACAUACCUCCCGUCCUGCACAGAGAAUGACAACGCGACUUUCACCGGCACGACGACUCGAGGCCUCUCGGGACCUGCAAUGACUCCUGCUGAGGAGGCUGCGUUCCGGGCCGAUCAGGCUGAGAAGCAAACAACCGAUGCUGAAACCCGCAACAUCGUCUGGUCGGCUGACGCAUCGGUCGAGGGAAUCGGUAACAACACGCCGGUACUGUCGGAGGAUGUCGUCAAAGGGGACGGUGAAUAUGUGCCCGUCGGCAUUAGAAAGGAUGACGGUGCUAUCGCACCAGUGCCGGCUAUGGAGGCGGAAGAAGCCCAUUUUGGGGGCGCCACUCAGACUGUCCCGACGCGGCUGGAAGAACUGAAUGCACAGAACAAGCUUGCCGAUGUGGACAUGGACCAGACGCAGACCCUGGAUAUCAAUCAACUCGGCAGCGGGCUCCAGCCAUCGUUGCCGGCUUCCAGUAUUAUGACGACGGAAACAGAGAUCGACACGCAGGUGUUGCAAGAUCUCGUUCUCAACAACCAGGCAUUUGCGGAGGACAGUGAAAUGCUUGACAUGGAGACGCAAGUCGUGGAGGACAUGGAUCCGAUUCAGUCGCUGCAGUCCAUCGACAGCUCGAUGGUCGACCAGAUCGAAGAGGACCAGAUCGAGGAAGACCUGCCCACGCCGAAGCCUGCCAAGAAGAAGAGGGACGUCGUGGAUCGUGGCAUGCGAUGUGAAUGUGAUGUCGAUAUGGAUGGGGACACCUGCUUGUGCGGCGACUGUAGUAGACGAUACCACGUGUGGUGCAUGGGAUUCCAUUCCCCCGCAGACAGCCGUAUCCCGGAAGACUUCACUUGCUUCGAUUGUCGUGCUCGGGCCGAUAAUUCGUGGGAGUUGAUUCAGCUUGAUCUGUAUCCUCAAAUGUUGUCCAAGUUCAAGGAUCUUGCACUGUUCAGGUGUGUUGUGCAGGCUGAAGUCCAGAACGGUGCGACUAAUGAGCAGAACAGACGGGCUAUCAAGGUUGUAGAGACGUACAAUCCAGAAGUCGUGCUUGAUUUCGCGAAGCGCCUAGGUUGCAACAACGUUCUUGCACGCCAGCUGUUCAAGCGCCUCGAGAAUGAGGGUUUCAUCCAGGAAUUGUUGAUGGAGGUCAACGACAUCGGGUUUGCGGAAGCGAAACCAGGCAAGAGCAAGUCCAAGGCGAAAGCCAAACCACGCAAGAACGUGCAAAAGACGAAAUAUACCUUCAAUCGCGCCUGUCUCUCAAGUCCCGCAUACAACGACUACUUCAAUCCAGAUCCUCGCGUAGAAAGCCGGCUGUUGGAUGUACCGAAGACGAAAGCGAAUGUGAAAUCGCACCGGCCGCUGCCGACCUCGUUGCCACGAAUGGAGACGUUCGACGAAUCGCAGACGCAAGCUGAAACGCAAGCUGAGACGCAAAUACGACCCAGCAAGCGACUGCACUCUGACGACGAGCCCCGCCCGAAGAAGAAAGUCAAGAUAUCGCUUGCGCCUGCUGUGGAUCUUGCUGAAUGAAAGGAACUUCUUCGUCUGUGCUGUUGUGCUUCUCUUGUGCUUCCUGUAAUGCUCUGUGUCUCUCGGAUGUAUUUGCUGUAUCCUCGUCAAGAAUGCUCUGUUGUGCUGGACCUAAAAGCUUGAUACUUGGCAGUCUGCAAGUCGUCACCGAGCGUCACGUCAAUCAACGGCGAGAACAAUCCAUCAUGAUUGAAUUGAGAUCUGGUCUGUGUUGAUGGCCUCUUGGACUUCGUUACUUGAGACUAGAAAGCGUCGGCUUCGCCGACAUUGUGCCUUGCUACUGGAUACUAAAGUCAUAUAAUCAUGAACGAGUACAAUACAGUGGCGAACAAUUGAAAUACAAUCCGAGUCCGAUCACUAAGCGGCCGAUGCCCUAGUUUUCUUCUUCUUUGGGCUCUCGUCCAUCUCAGGCACGGUCGGGCGACGUUUCUUAGGGCUGGGGGGCGGCGCAAUCUGUGACUCAAUGACGCGAAUCUUGACGACAUCCGCCAUGAAAGUGUCUUCCUUCUGGUUGGUGAAAGCGUAGUGAAUCAUGUUGAAAGUGAUCGCGACUGAGGCUCCCGGGAGUUUCUUCAUGUACUCUUCCGGCGCAAUGAUCCUUCCGUCGAAGUCGUACGCACACAAACGAUCAACGACAUACUUGCCCUCCAUCCUCUGGAUCUCCUCACGCGCCAGUACGGAUUUGACAGGCCAUUCGUUUAGUUCGUACGCUGAGCGGAUCCAUGAGACUGAGGACAGUGACAUCACAACAAAGCAAACUCACAGCCCUUAUCGUCUUCGUCAUUGGGGUCGGGGAUCUGGUACCAAAGGUCAGAGAGAAGUCGAAAAGUCGAUAUAACACUCUCACACGGAAAGGAGCAUGUUGGAGUUUGAAUCCAGGCCGGGCGUUCUUUCCGUCCAGGGUACCCUUGUAAGCAAAACCCGGAGUCCGCGCCAAGUUGAUAAUCUGACGAACAGCGCCAAACGACUUCGUAUACGCCCCCGCGUAUUUGCUGCCGCUGCGUGGCGCCGUGGCUUGGAAGGUUAAACUGAUCUUCGCAAGAUCGCCUGGGCCUGCAGCCGUCGGAUAGCCACCAUCGGGGGUCAGGUAGCAACCUUCGGCGGCGAUGGUGGCAAUCGCGUGCAGUUCAGCGAGUUCGAACAGAGUGGGAUCGGCUUCGGCUGCGUCUUCGACCGUGUUCGCGCCCUCCGUCGACUCAGGGGCCACCAAAGCCUCAGCCGCCACCACCACCGCUUCCGCAAAGUAAUAGGGCGGUGUAUGCGACACAGACGCAGAGGCGUCAUGCGAGAUGAGCGCAAUUCAGUGAACGCUGUUGAGCGGAAGUGAGAAUGGCCAAUUACGAGAGGGACUCGAGUGCGGACUUGCAACUUGUUAGCGACGGCCGCACGGGAGAUGCAGGGGGCGUUGGAGGUGUCACACUCUCGUGAAAACCACGGCGAAGAGCGCACUGCGCAAACGAGAGCACGAAAGCACAAGAUACGCGUGCGUACAUACAACGGGUCUGGAGAGUGCCUUGACAAGCAAGGCAAUUCCAUUCAUUCUUCGUUCACGACGCGCAGCAUCAAUAGUGACCUUGUAUAAUGCGCGAAC